UUGCUGGUACAAGACGAAGUGCUGUGUAAUUGCUCUGAAAAUAUUGAUAAUUGGUUGAGAAAUGGAUUUUAGACAUUUCUGUUAGUGGAAACCGUUAUAGAUUGGAAAUGCAAUGUUUUAAUAAUGAAGACUAUAUAAUAAGGUUGGCUAUUGUUUUCCAUGCGAAAUAUGCUUCGGGGAAUUUAGAGCAUAAAAUGGUUCCCACCUGCUACUAUUAAGGAAGUAACACUUUCUACAUAUUUACCUCACAGCGAAAUCGUGUUUUUUUAAAAACAACACAACUAGAGAAGUGAUGUAUUUUCGUAAGCCGUGUUAGAAACCAGGAAGUUGGGAAUACUGCUCCUGGCUUAGUUAUUUAUUGCUGUGUCAGUGGACAAAUCAGUCUCUUUUUGUUUUGUUUUGUUUUGUUUUUGGUACCUCGAUUUUCUGAUGAGACUGCCUGAAGCUGCCCUAGCCAAAAGAAGCUGCCACGUCAACAACAUGCAACUGUAGGGGACUCAGGAACAAAAGCUACUAUGUAAAAUAGUUUAAGAAUAAGAUUGCGGGAUGCAAAACAGCACAGUUUGCCCUGCCUUCCCCCACUGCAUUGACCUUCGAGCUCCUGUGUGCCAUAUAGAGCUUGCUGUGUUGAACUGAACCAAACCGAAGCAUGCCAGUAAAAAAUAAUCACCCCUGGCUUGAGAACUAGACUUUAUUCAGAAACCAGAAUGAUCCUGGCCCAGUUUUAAUGUAACAGUAUGACUAAAUACACUGAGAAGCUAGAAGAGAUCAAAAGAAAUUAUAGAUACAAGAAAGAUGAGCUUUUCAAAAGACUAAAAGUUACAACUUUUGCCCAGCUGGUCAUCCAGGUUGCUUCCCUAUCUGAUCAAACACUGGAAGUGACAGCUGAGGAGAUUCAAAGACUAGAAGACAAUGAUUCUGCGACUUCAGACCCCGAUGCUGAAAUCACAGCCAGGACCAACGGGAAGGGGAGCCCGGGUGAGCAGUCACCGAGCCCUGUCCAGUUCAUAAAUAGCGUGGGAGCAGGGGACUCCAAUCGCUCCACUCUCCAGAGCGUCAUCAGUGGUGUUGGGGAACUGGAUCUAGACAAAGGGCUAGCGAAGAAAGCAGAGCCCAACACCAAAGACAAACCUUACCCCGACUGCCCCUUCCUGCUGCUCGAUGUGCGAGACAGAGAUUCUUACCAACAGUGCCACGUUGUUGGAGCUUACAGUUACCCAAUUGCAACUCUGUCUAGAACAAUGAACCCUUAUUCAAAUGAUAUUCUUGAAUAUAAAAAUGCCCACGGCAAGAUCAUCAUUCUGUAUGAUGAUGAUGAGAGGCUGGCCAGCCAAGCGGCCACCACCAUGUGUGAGCGGGGAUUUGAAAACCUCUUCAUGCUUUCUGGAGGUCUAAAAGUCUUAGCUCAGAAAUUCCCAGAAGGCCUGAUUACGGGUUCCCUGCCAGCAUCUUGCCAGCAAGCCCUUCCUCUCGGCUCUGCCCGGAGACGAUCAAGCCCCAAAGUACCUCCCCCACCGGCUGAGAAUAAAUGGAGGUUUACCCCGGAAGACCUAAAAAAGAUAGAAUAUUACCUGGAAGAGGAUCAGGGUCCUACAGACGAUCCCAGCCGGCUGACCCAAGCGAAUGCCUCCGGAAGAGACUCCAAGGUUCCAAGCGCCCGUGGCGGUCCAAGCCUGCCUGCCGGGGGCCCUGCCGGCCACCCGAACCCCCGCUCGCUCAGCAGUGGCCCCCUGCAAGGCAAACCCUGGAAGUAAAGACUUUGUCUGUCUUAGUCAAAUAAAUGUUUUCUCUCCUUUUGAAACCCCUGAGCAGUUUCCCAGGUGGUCAUUUCAGAAACUGCUGCAGAGGAAAGACCACGACAUGUGACAUGUGUGAUAGGCCCUCUUUUCUCUUCCUGUCUCUAGUUCCUGUCCCCAUCCAACUCGGGAAGGAUUUUUAGAAAAAAACAGAGGCAUGACAGGCUCUAGUGUCCUCCCUAUUGUUUACAAAAUAUUUAAGUUUCUAAAACUGAGUCAGAAAAAAAAGUCUAAUUUUUUUAGGAUUUAAUUUUUUUUUUUUUUAAUAAGGUCCAGUUUUUUCGGGUCUAUAUCUAGCAUUGUUUUGUAAAUACUUCAGUCUCAUCUGGUGUGUUCUUCCCAACCAGUUGUUUCUCACUCACUCUUCUUGGUUUCCCGAAGGUUCUCCAGGUAGGCUUUGUGUCCUGAAAAGCUGGCCCUUGGGGAUGCAGAUGAUUCUUAGCUUUCAGCCUCCCCAGCACCCCCUCAGGUGCGGGCCCAUCUGCUGAGGCGCCUUUCCCGGCAUACGCUGCAAGCUCUGUCGUGAGUUUACAGAGGUGAUACCUGCGAGCCUCGCUCAAUUUCACGAUUCAGUGGAGCAGCUCUCACACUUCCUGAAUGUUCCCCCUCACUAGAUGUUUUCCUGGAGGCAGCACAGGUGAUGAUGUGGGCUCAGCUUGCCUUCCCACAAGGCCUGGGGCCUCUCACAGGAAAAGCCCGUCCAUCGUCCAGGGCCAUGCUGAGAGCCGCUGAAGCCCCCCAGAGCUGCCCCUCGUCUGUUGUUGGUGUAUCAGUUAUGAAUUUCCAUUACCCAGCUCAAGUCCAUCCAUCUUAGGUGGGUAAAAAUUAUGGCCCCUUGAAAAGAUCAGCCUCGGGUGGGCCACUGCAUGCACACAGGUGAGGACGACUCCACGGUCCUUUGUCAGAGCUGACAGCCCCUUAAGCCGUUGCUUAAAAUACAGUAUUAGUCUAAUUGAGUAAUUAAUGCAAUUUCCUGCUUACUUUUCAUUCUCAUGACAGAGCUGUGAUUAGGAGGUUGUGAUUAUAGAUUCUGGUUUGGGCCAGAAUUUUGAAUCAGCAUUAAUUGAAUUGCUAGAUGACUGACAUUCAUUCCAUUUAAUUGGGGGAACAAAAGACCUCAGGUAAGGAUGAGGAACUCUGAAAUCAUCAGGAAAAGGAAAAGCGCCUUGUUAAUUUUUAUGGUCUGUGAUCUGUAGCUGUGAUAAGGGACUGAGGAAUAAAUUGUGCUCUUUGUCAUGGCAACCAGCCUCUGAAAAGCCAACUGAAAAUUGCCUAUCCUUAGGUGGUUACCGCUGCUGGGUAAGAUUUGCCUUAACGGCACUCUUUUCUCUCGCCAUCAAAAAAAAAAAAACAACAAAAAAGUACUACAGUAUUUCUAGCACGGGGGCUGUGUUGUAAAAGAAAUAAAGGUAAUAAAUAUCUGAUAGAGGCAUAUGGAAAAAUAACUUUCAGAUUCAGCCCAGUUCCGUUUUAGUAUGUUUAUUCCUCUCUACUUGAUUUCCAAAGUACAACAUUUUCCAAUGCUUUAGAAAUCAAACAAACCAGCGACAUUGUUCAGAUGUCAAGCCGUGCCCAAUUUUCCACAAGAUUCAAGAAUCUUGUAUAAAAUUCAGCCAACGUACACAUAGCUUUAAUGAGGAGCCUGUCAUGUUUCCCCAUAAAUUUAUUGCCUGAGAACUUUGUUCAGCCUUUUGCUAAUGCCAAAAUGCUCUGGCUUUUUAUUUUCCUUACAGCAUAGAUUUUAAAAAUGCAAAUUUUCCACACUCAACUUUCCUCUAGCAUGGACAAGAUUUUCAGCCAUUUUUGACACAUAUACAUUUUUAAGGAAAAAAAAAUGUUUUCUCUGUCACAAAGUUCUGGUUAUGCCAUUUUAAAAUCGACUAGUCAGGAGGUAGAUUUUCCCACUUGAUCCUAUUUUUAAAGUAAACGGUAGUCCCCCUUUCUUCCUAUUCUGCAUCCCCAUCACCAGACAACACACGAGUGUUCAAAACUACUGUAAAUACGUGGAAAGUCAGGUUAGGCAAACCUAUUAGAAUUGCUGUGCAUCUAGCCGAACGAUCUGGCAGGUUGAGUGUAUUUAUGUGCCUUUCCCCGUAGUGCUUUGCCCUGUUGGUAAGAAUUUUAAGUAACUACUCCUCAAAGACCUGCUCUGAUUCUGCGCUUGGAGUGUUAAAUGUCACUCGCAGACAGUUUUACAUGCUCAAGGUGCUGCUUUGAGUGUUCUCCUUUACUCGUUUCUUCCUUAGAUUAAUUGACACGUAUUAUUUAAGUGACCAGUAAUACUUUGUCCAAUUGUGAAUGCUGAAGAUUAAAGUAUAUAGGUAUUAA